AUGAAAUAAUAAACUCUUCAUCCAGAUCCUAGAAAGAAAUAAAUCUUACUAGAUAUGAUUAACAAAGGAGGUAUUUCUGAGAUGAAACCAGAAAAAACACUCUAAGCGUAAAUUGAGGCUAUGCAAAUGAAACUAUAAGAAAAAGAUUAGGAAUUAAAUUAAAAAGAAGAACAAAUUGAUAAAUUAUGCGCUGUGAUAUUUUAGUAUUAAGAAGAGUUAACUUAAAAAAAUAGAGAAAUGGAGGAUCUGCAAUUAAGCAAGGCUUAAUUGGAAAUGGAAGUUCAAAACUAUGUUGAAAUGAAAGAGCAUUGCGAUCAUGCAUUGAAAUAAUUACAUCAUGUUGAAAUGCAAAUGAGUGAGUUGUAAGAAUAAAACUCAUAACUCAAGAAUUAAGAACAGUAGCUUUUGAGCUAAAUUUAGGCUUUAUAAAAAAAUUCAGAUGUUCUUUUGAGGGAUGCCUUCGAAAGAGAGAAGAAAUAAUUACACAAAAAAUUGCUAGAGAAAACCAAGAUAAUUUAAGAAUUAAAUUGUUAACUUUAGAAAUAAAAUGAAACAUAGUCUACAAUCCAUUAAUCAAUGAUGAAAAUGAAAGAAGACCAUAGGAGACAAGAACAAACUAUUUAGCAAUUGAGAGAAGAAAUAGAAAAUCUAAAAGGAGACGGAGCAAUGUUUGCCAAUCCUUUAAAUUAGCUUACAAGUCCUCAAGGACAAAGAUAAGCCAGCUUUAACACUCAUAAAGAUUUUGAUACUCCAAUGAGAUAAUCAUCAUAUACAUAGCAGAAACCAUAAUCAUCUAAUAGUCUCUGCAGUAAUUUUACUAGUUAAGAAAGUAAGAAAAAAAUGAUGGGAAGUUUUAAAAGAUUAACGACAAUGGCUGUAGGGAUGUAUAGCAAUCUACUUGAUUAUUCAUCAUUAUAGAAUGGCAGUAAAUUAGCAUCUGAACUGAGUUAAGCUAGAAUCGACUUAACUUAAUAAGUUUCCAGAGCUUCCCUGUUGCAUUAGGAGUAUAAUGACAAUAAUUGAUACUAUAUUUCAAAUAAAAUCUAAACGAUCUUUAA